AUGGGCAUUAUUGAUGAACUGAGGAAAACAGAAAAGGGCAAACUGCCGUAUCAAAGAAAUUCUACCACUGAAAGUUGGAAGUCGUUGUUGGAAACAUGUACAUCUCCCCCAGAUAUUCAUGUAUCACCAAAAUUCUUUGAAAAUUUGAAAUCUAAAAAAGAAGAAAACAGAAAGGAAAACCAGGAAAGAGAAAGUAGAUGUACAAAUAAUUCAAAUGAUAGAUUGUCAAUAAGUAAUGAGAGUAAAGAAAGCUCAGUUCACAAAAACUCUUCCUCUGAUAAUAUAUAUCAAGAUAACAUAAGAAUUGUUAGAAAAUGUUCAGUGACGUCACCAGAAUUUGGAAAGUCCAGACUGGCUAUUCGUAAAUAUGAAGAUGAACUAGAAAAUGAGGCACGUAAGGCGAGACUGAAGAAACAAAAAGAAUUUGAAGCGAUUCAAAAUAAAAUUGAACUUGAAGCACAGCUUAAAGUUCAAGAGAUCGAGAGAAAGGCUAAUUUUGAAACUUUAUUAAAAAUACAAGACAUUGAGCUGAGAAAUGAAUCCCAGGCUGCUGAAAUUGUGAAACAGCAUAGAAUUUUGAAAGAGACACAUGAGCAAAGAAAACAAAUACACGAUGCCAGAAUACAGGAAGCUGAACAAGUUAAGAAAAAGCUUCAGUUAGAAGAAAUAAGGCGAAAAGAGAGAGAGAAUAAAGAGAGGCAGGACAAACUGUCUAAAUGUGUUUCACAAUUAAACCAACUGUUUACCAAAGUUCAGAGUGACUUCAAUGCUACUAAGUACCAGAACUUCAUCUCUGAGACUGCUAAAAAGUCUCUUAACCUGAUACAAUCCCAAGUCAGUAAUGCAGAUGCAGUGAAUAGGGCUUGUCAACAAAGUGGCACAGUCACUGCAGAAAACUGUGAAGAAUGUGUAAAGAUAUUGGAAAGAGCCAUUAAAGCAUAUCAUGUUAUACAAAAAGAGUUAGAAAAAGCUGAAAAGGAUGGAAAAGAAGCAGAGGCAGAGAAAGAAAGACAGGCAAAGCUACAACAAGAACAGAGCCAAGCUGCUGCCGCCGCUGCUGCUGCUGCAAGUAUUGAGGCUCCAUUGGCCACCUCAACUCCAGUUCCUCAGGCUUCAAGGUCUCAGACUCUCAUCACAACUGGAGACAUAUCAGCUCAGGCUGCUUCAAGAGGAGAGCAACUUUGUGUAGAUAUAGAAGCUUUCCGAAAGUAUACAGAGUUGCAGGAAAAAUUGAAGUCAGUAGAAGAGGCAACAGCUGUUUUAUCUUCAACAGCAGAGUUAAAGAAAUUCAAAUUUGAUAUACAGAAAGCAGUUAACACUUCUAUCAAUGCAAUAUCACCUGUCAGUGGUGAUCAUUUAAGAGACAAAUUAAAACGCCUCCUGAAACUUCUGUCUUGUCAGCCAGUGGAAGUGUCGGGUCGACAAAUUCAACUUAAUCAGCAUCCCCAGGGACCUGCAUUCUGUAAACAUCUCAUCGCUAGAAUGAUCGUGAAGAAAGGAGAUGAGCAAGUUUCGUCAAAGCAUGAGUCUGCAUUUGCUAUAGGAAUGGUCGCAGCAGGAUUGUGGACAGAGUCACCUAGUAUUGGAGAAAUGUUGUUAGCCCAUUUCCAGGCACAAUGCCCAUACCUUGUACCGUACUAUAUACCAAGACAAGAAGGACAGAGUGAUGCUGACUAUUUCAAAUCUAGGGGGUACAAGUAUGAAAAUGAUGUUGUGGAAAAACAUGACAAAUUUUUGAAAAGGAUGUCUGGAAUAAUGAGACUAUAUUUUUCAAUCAUUGUAUCUUCCCCACCGAGAGGAAACCACCCCCAUGGCAUAGAAUAUGCCUGGAUGUGGCUGACACGUGUGUUGAACAUUGAGCCAGAACCUGAUAUUACCACAACGAUGAUAUAUGAUUGCCUGCAGGUUACAGGAAAUGCUCUAUGUCAAGUUUAUAAGAAGCAGUUCUUGAAGUUGUUGCAUAUUCUUGUCAAAGAAAUGUUGCCAAAGUUAAAAAGUGUGUCGUCUGAUGCAGGAAGUGGUUCAUUGACAAGGUUACAGUUGCUAUUAGAAACCAGUGUGAAGCAUCAUGGGAGUAUACCGCCACCAGAUGGCUUCCUUGAAAAGAAUUUCUGGUUGUCAUAAUUAAACAAUAUUACUAUGUACCAUGUGUGAGUAAAUGUACAUAAAAACAAAUUUUUUGUGUGUGAGACAUGGUUACACAGAAUAGAGAAACAAUGCUGUUGUGUUUGUCAGGGAUUAAGAAAUAUUUCAAAUUGAAAUCAGUUUUGUAAUGAUAAAUUUUGUUGUUGCCAUUUGUAAUGAAAUAGACUCUUAAAUAUUAUGUAAAAUAUUGAAAAUAAUUUUGAGCUUUUAAUUCUCAAAAUUUAAAAUUUGUUUGGUUUAAUACUGAUAUUUUUAUGUCUUUAUGGAUAUCAGUGCUUCAUCAUCUUUAUGCAGUCAGUGAUUUGAAAGUAAACUAAUUGUUUAACUCUUGUACAUGUAGGCCCAUUAAACUUCCAAAGUGCAAUUUUUCAUUUGAUGCUUUUUGGUGUUAGGCUUAGAAAUAACCGUUACCCUAGUCCCUAGGAAAGUGUUGUGUAAACAAUAAAUCAUGAUUUGCUUCCCUUGAUUUAACAUUGAUGAAAAUAAAAUUUAAUCUUUAAAUUUGCAGUUAGGUAUGUAAAUAAUUCAGUUUAGUUUAGUGGAUAGGUCUGCAAUUGGAACAUAACCCAUAUGAAUUUCAAAAAAUUGAUAAAAACAAUAGAAAUGUAUCAUUUGGAUAUUCUUAAUAUUUCUUGUAAAAAAUGUUGAUAAAGUUCUAAGUGUGAGCAUUUAUAUAAUGGAUAAUAAUAUUUUGUUCAAGAACAUUUAUUAUCUGCAGUACUAUGAAUAUAAUUAUUUUGAGCCGCGUCAUGACAAAACCAACAUAAUGGUUUUGCGACCAGCAUGGAUCCAGACCAGCCUG